AAUAAAAGCUUUUCCUUGAUACAAAAUUACACCACGAUUUCUAAUGUGAAUUAAAGGAAAUUUUAUUGUGAAUUAACCAUAAUGCUUUUUCACACAUCUAUAACGACAGGUUGAUGCGGCAUUUUAUUGUUGUAGUGUUUUUUUCGCGGGCUUGCAGUAUUCAAUUAAAAAGUUAAAAACUAUUAGAUAUAAAAUAUUUGAUUGUAUACUUAAUACAACAGUUAUGUUUUCGCCACGUACUAAAUUAAAAACAGCUACGGAAUUUGAUUUUCCAUACCAGCCAUAUAACAUACAGCAACAAUUAAUGGAGGCUUUGUUCGAUGUGCUGGAACACAAAAAAAUUGGUAUUUUUGAGAGUCCAACCGGAACGGGGAAAUCGUUGACACUGACAUGUGCCGCAUUACGCUGGCUAGAGUCACAUGAAAAUUUAGUACGUCAGGAUUUGUUGGCAAGAAUAACAGAAAUUGAAAAUAGUAUACAACGCCUCAAUGAAGAAAGCAAUAAAUCUGUAGACUGGAUUAGCAUACAAUAUGAAGGAGCACAACAACGUAAGGAAUUGUGCGAGUUGCGGAAAUUAGGGGAAUUGCUGCAAAAAGAAGAAGAGAGAUUGCAAGAGAUGCGUGAACGUCAUACAUUAUUGAGAAAAAACAGUAAACACUUAAAACAAACUCACUCAAGUUCACUUAGUACAUUCGAUGAGGCAAAAAGUGCUGAUGUGUUAGAUGAAGAUGAAGUAUUAUUAGAUGAUAUUAUACAGGACGACGAAGAAGUUCAAGAACAAGAGUCUAAUGAUUUUCCAUCAGUACAGAUAUAUUUUUGUAGUCGUACACAUUCACAACUUUCACAAGUGGUGCGAGAAAUAAAAAAAACUGCGUAUGGAAAACGGAUAAGAUGUGUUUCAUUAGCUUCUCGUCAACAAUUGUGUAUAAAUCCGCAAGUACGUAAGCUAACUAAUGUGGCUUUAAUGAAUGAACGUUGUACGGAUAUGACGAAAAAUUCAGAUAAAAUAAAUACAGUUUCUAAUGCAAAGAUGCAAAAACUUAGUGGUACAAAAGGUUGUUCCUUCAAACGUGUACAAAUGUUGCAUCAGUUAAGCGAUGCUGCGCUUGUCGAUAUAACAGAUAUAGAAGAUCUUGUUAAUGAAGGCAAGUCAACGCAUUUAUGUCCCUAUUAUGCCGCACGUGCCGCUGCUAAAGAUGCACAAAUAAUAAUGCUGCCCUAUCAAAUGUUAUUGCAUCAUCGUACACGCGUCCAAAGUGGCAUUAAUCUACGUGGAGCUGUUGUAAUUAUAGAUGAAGCACACAAUUUAUUGGAUACAAUUUCACAGCUGUACAGUUGCGAAAUUUCUCUGCAACAAUUAACUAUUUUACAACAGCAAAUGACCGGAUAUAAAAUGAAAUUUGUUAAACGCUUUAAUACCUCAAAUCUGUUGCGCAUAAAUCAAUUGAUAUUCGUAGUUAAACGUUUAAUAAAACUCAUAAAGCCAAAUGGGGACGGCACCAAUAGUAAUAGGCGCACAUUACGCACUUAUGAUGUCACAUCGGAAGGAGAAUUCUUUAAUAUAAAUCUCAAAGAAUUAGUGCAAUUUUGCGAAAAUAAUCGUUUAGCUCAAAAGCUACAAGGAUUUGCACAGCGACAAAAUCAAGAGCCACAACCCAGCGAAAAUAAACCACCGGUCAAAAAUUCAGCUGCUUUAGAUAUUUUGAAAAAACUACAACAGGAACAUGCAGAGCGCCAAAGUAAAUCCCAAAAGCGUCAAAAUAAAACAAAAGAAGAAGAUUUGAAAGAUAAUGUUGUGAACGAUAGUAAUAAACCCAGGAUUCCAGUUUCCGUUUCUACCUUGCGACCGUUCCUAUCGUUUAUUGAUUCGUUAACCGAAAGUGCUGAUGAUGGACGUGUUUUUAUUGAUUACGAUGCCAACGCUAAAAGUGGCACUCUUAAAUACUUGCUGCUAAAUCCUGGUAACCAUUUUGAGACAAUCAUCAAUGAAGCAAGAGCGAUCGUCAUUGCUGGUGGCACUAUGCAACCCACUACAGAAUUGACUGAGCAAUUGUUCAAUAAAUGUCCAACACGCGUACAACAAUAUUUUUAUGAUCAUGUAGUCUCCUCCGAUGCUGUUUUGCCAUUUGUUGUAGCAAAUGGCCCAACGGGACGGCAAUUGUGUUUUAAUUUUACACAGCGCGGUAAUCAAGAUAUGAUGACAGAAUUAGGCAUGAUUUUACAAAAUAUAUGCAAUGUGGUGCCUGCCGGUGUGGUUUGUUUUCUACCUUCAUAUGAAUAUUUAGAUGAAGUAUAUGCGCAUUUUGAACGAAACAAAGUACUUGCGAGUAUUAGCCAGAAGAAAUGUAUUUUUCGUGAGCCUCGUGGCACUGCAGCUGUUGGCCACACUGUAGAGCAAUUGUUAGUCGAUUACUCAAAUGCUAUUAAGGAAAAACAUGGUGCUUUGUUAUUUAGUGUAGUUGGUGGUAAACUGAGUGAAGGGCUCAAUUUUGCUGAUGAUCUAGGUCGUGGAGUUAUUGUUGUUGGGAUGCCGUAUCCUAAUCGUCAUUCACCUGAGCUUCAAGAACGCAUGAAAUAUCUAGAUAUAACAUUAAAACCUGGUGCUGGAAACGAGUAUUAUGAGAAUCUAUGUAUGAAAGCUGUAAAUCAAUGUAUUGGACGUUCUGUACGGCAUAUACGUGAUUAUGCUUGUGUUUAUUUACUUGAUGAACGCUAUUCCAGUGAACGAAUUCAGAAGAAACUGCCACAUUGGAUUUCGCGGUGUUUGCAAACGCCUUCCAAAUUUGGUCUAGUGCAGGCAGCUACUGCGAAAUUUUUUAAAACAAAAAGUUCUUAAUUUAUAAAUGUGUGUAAUGCAAAUUUAUAGUAGUUUCUUUUGUUAUUUUAUAAUUGGUAAAUCAAGUAUUAUAUUGUAGUAUCAAUUUAUUUUAGUUUAGGUUAUCAUAUUAUUGCUGUGAUCAUUGGGAUCCAUAGAACAAACAUAGUAUUUUUUAAAUAGUUACACAGAAAUUUUUAAAAAUUUUGUUACAUAUUAAAAUAUUGUGUAGAAGGAUCCACUUAGGCCUAUUGGCCCAUUGUGUUAUCAUAUAAGAACUCGAAAGUUUGAAAACCAUCUUGAAAA